AUAGGUGAAGAGUUUCCCAAGAAUCUCCUCUCUCUCCUAACUAUCCUGACAGCAAGGAGACGGCCCCCCUGAGGCUUUCGCGGGCAAUGCGAGUGCCACAUGUGGUUCUGAGCGUCCUGCUGGCACUACCUUGGGUAAAGCCACUGCCUCCGCCGUGGAGUGAGUGGUGCCCCGUCCAGGCCUUCUCGGAGGCUCGCUUCGGAUUGAAUGCAGCCUUCACGAUAACAGACGGAUCGGCAAGCCAAGUUCCGUUCGCCACAUUAGUGGGGCGUUCGUCUGCAAUUUUGAAGAGGUCUUCAGGUUGUUCUUGGUUGCCCGCGCAGGGGAAGACGAGGAGUGUCAGUAUUCAAGGUGCAGUAGCACUACCCCGAUUCGAUCACUCGGCGCGUAUCAUCGCUCCUCAAGGCGGCGCGAUGGGGAAUCCUGCCAAGUCAGCUUCGGCAAUACUGAAACUCGUUCCCGCGACGAUGCGUCCGCAGCGGACGGAUCUUGUGGCGGCGGGAACGUGGGGUGCCACUGCAGUGAUAGGCGCCGUCUGGCUUGUGCAGCCCUUUGAUUGGGUCAAGUCCAAGCUAUUUCCUCCGCCUACCAAAGAGUGACCGUCGACAUUUUUCUCGAUCAAUCCCUCGAAAAAUUAUCCCAUUGCUCAUUCUGUUCCUCCUUUGGCCCCACCCCUCCUCCUUCCCUCCCUCCCCUCCCUCCCUCGCUCCUUGUCCUCCUUCCCUGCUCCCUCUCCUCCUCUGUCGUCUGUUUCUUAAGGCAUCCCUCUCAGCCGUUAUUCUAUCUCAUUCUUUGCUCGCGGUUGGCCUCAGGUUUCGUUGUCAUCCAGAGGCAGAUACACUGCGCAGAGGUUCGGGAAUUGUGUACCAUCUCUAAUCUUUGUUUCUGUGGAUGUGUGGUGAUCUGCGUGGAUUGGUGUGAGCGAGCAUCUCUAAUCUUUGCUUCUGUGGAUGUGUGAUGACCUGCGUGGAUUGCUGUGAGCGAGGGGAACAAGUGGGGGAGGAAGAGGCGGCGACGAAGGCGGGGUCGUUUUGUCGGGGGGGGGGGGGGGGGGGUUGGAAACAUGCGCAGCGUCUUUCCAGCUUGGGGGUAGGAAAUUGACAGGAUACAUGGGGAAUGGAAGAGCAGAGCGAGUGAUGGUUAACUAUGCAGCGGACCCGGUGAUCAUUGGCUGUGCCUGUUUGAGUGUGGGAUGAUAUUCAUUGCUUCUAUCUUCUUCCCUGAACAUUAACGCCUGGGCCUUUUGAACGAAUGCCCACGACUUCCAGGGAGAUUCAUAUUCUGAUAACAAUGAGCUGCUAGUGAUUGUGGUCCAAAUGAAUGGUCAGUUUGUGAAUGGUUUGGUCUUGAAAGAUAUUGUGGCAGGGAAGAUGUGAAGUGCUUUUUUAAUGUUUUUUUGGGGAAAAGAUAUGAGGGAGGGAGCAUCGCUAGUACAGAAACGAAAGAAUGGAAAAAUGGUGCGGAUUGUCUGUAAUGUCGAGAGAAAUGAGCCUGUCCACAAACAUGGAUCUGAGGUAAUGACGAGAUUUCAAGGGUACGUGAAAGUGGAAUGGGGUUUUUGGGGGGCGGGGGAGGGGGUGUUGCUAUGGCAAAGAAAAGGAUUAUAAAAGAAGGGCAGAUCGGCGGUAAUUUUGAAGGGGGUGUACAUGUGAACAACUAUGUGGAGAAGUGCGACCGGCGAGCAUCUUGUCCGCUUGCUGGUUGAUUGGUUGCGGCAUUCGUUGGCGUGCCUUGAUGUGCUUCCCAUGCUGUUUUCUACUCGAGGAGGUCCCCUUUUGAAUACAUGGCUUGCACGACCCCUGAUUGCACUAAUGGGUGCUGUUCUCG